AGCACUCUGCAACCCUACCUUCGUGUUGGCUUUACCUGUUUCAAUAUUUACCUUGGAAUAAAACAAACUAAGUUUACUCUUUACCGAAUUGUUUUUAACUCUACGGCACAAGUCAACUUAUUUGUAAAUUAACGCCAGAAUACUAUAUCUGUCUCGCUUCUUCAUUGUUUAUUCAUGACAUAUAGAUGACAUGUAGAAAAUUAAAUUCGGAUAUUUUUUUCGAUAAGUAUUCAAGAAAGCAGUCUCCAUGGGAUACUAAUGACGACACAGGCUCCUUACACAGUGGGUAGCACUAACAUUGCUAUGUUUCCCCUACAGACUCUUAUUUUGUCUUUAAAGCGAAUUUUUAUCCGUCUAUGUUCAUGAAUUUUCAUUAUUUGUGAUGUGUCACCUUCCAAGGAAAUCGUCGAAAGGUUUUUCAACAAAGCCACAAGGCCAGAAGUGUCYGAGGUGAAUUUUGCAUUUAAAUUAGACGAUUGAAAACCACUGACAAGAACGUUUGCAGCUAUUGUUAGCCUUAGUCGAGAGCCAUCAACCMGCUAAUCAAAUUAUUGUUGACUGGUUAGCACAGGAGAAUCGAAGAAAGCAUAGAAUAUCUGUGUAUGUUUUCAUCCAAGAGAGAGAAAGUAGACUUACCAAGCUUCCUGCAAUGACAUGUUUUGAAACAUAAUUGAUGAACGAGUGAUAGUUCUACACCUGUUCGGUAAUGUUAGUUACUGAAACGUUUGUGACCAUCUCUUUACUACAUGCAACCAAUUAUCGAUAAGCAUCUGACWCGGCUCUACAUCGCUCACUUCGAGGAACUCAUCACUUGCAAGAAAAUCUCUAGUUUUGAUCGAUCAACAUAUAUAAAGAAAAUCACCAGUUGAAACGAAAGAGAAAAUAGGUAAAAGACAAACAAUGGAAAAACGAGUGCGUUUUUCUCAUCCACUAGAAUACUGGAAAGAGUUCGAUGAAAACACUGGUAUUCUACAAGAUUUGGAUAAUAUAAAACACUUACAGAAGCCUAAACAAGAGAUAGCAGUGAGUCCUAAAGCUAUUGAUAUAACUGAUAAGUACGAUAAUGGCAAGCGAAGUCGAGGAAAAGUUGCGCGUUCAAUAACAGAAGCUGUACAAUCGUUUCAAGCCGAGGACGAAAAAACAAGCGUUCGCAAGUUUAUUGCACAUUACAAGCGAACUACAGUACAUGUGCCGGAAAGAAUGAAUUAYAGAAAAAGUCAGAACGCUGUGAUAAGCCAGUUUGAAAAGACUGACUCUAGUUCUCUGGACAGUACGAUAGAAAAUGAUACGAAAUUCUGUAAACUGUGCAACAGUGAUCUCUUAACUGGCGAUCAAACGUGCCCUAGUCUGUCAUACGGUGGCAAAUAUUAUACUCCACUAAGACCACCAACACAACGACCAUUGUCACUUCCAACACUUCAUAGAAAAACCUUUGAAGAAAGACUUCUGCCUCAUUCUACACAUAAUGAUCAUUGUGCAUAUACAAAGUAUAUAAGAACAGAUUACAAGGGUACACCAGUGCCACAGUCAACGCCUUUUAUUGUACAACUUUUUGAAUAGAUAAAURAACCUCAUUUAUCCGCUCAAUUAAGAUAGUUAAGAAAUAAGAUGUUCAUACUUUUCACAAAGCGUUGUCAUAACAAACAAUAUACUUUUAAAAUAAAGUGCUGUUUGGUACAUUAGAUAGAA